AUGAUUCGUGAAGUUUAUGAGCAUAUAUAUACAACUGUUGAUAUUAAUGGGUCAGAAGAAGUGUUAGCAAGUGCAACAGCCAAAGCUACAGUUGCAGCUUUUGCUGCAAGUGAAGGACACGCUCAUCCACGUGUCAUAGAACUACCAAAAACUAAUGAAGGUCUAGGUUUCAAUGUUAUGGGUGGUAAAGAACAAAAUUCACCUAUUUACAUAAGUCGAAUUAUUCCUGGUGGUGUUGCAGAUCGUCAUGGUGGUUUAAAACGUGGUGAUCAAUUGCUAUCAGUAAAUGGGAUUUCUGUGGAGAGUGAACAUCAUGAAAGAGCUGUUGAACUUUUGAAAUUAGCACAGGGUACUGUGAAACUUGUAGUAAGAUAUACACCACGUAUUCUUGAAGAGAUGGAAGCACGUUUUGACAAGCAAAAAGCUCGACGUCGGCAACUUAGUUAA